UUCAUAGCUGGUUACUGCGUUCCAGAAUGGAGUCCUCUGAUCUGAGAGAAGAGCUAAAUUGCUCUGUCUGCCUGAAUAUUUACACGGAUCCCGUAAUGCUGAGCUGCGGACAUAACUUCUGCCGGGUCUGUAUUGGGAAAGUUCUGGAUAAACAGGAGGGAGCAGGAGUUUAUACCUGUCCUGAGUGUAGAGCAGAGUUUCAGGAGCGUCCUGCUCUGCAGAGGAACAGAACACUGAACAAUAUAGCAGAACGUUUUGUGUCUACACAGCCAAAAAAAGAAGAGGCCACAGUCUUCUGUACCUACUGUGUUCAAGCUUCUGUACCUGCCCUUAAAACAUGUCUGCAGUGUGAAACCUCCCUGUGUGAUAAUCAUCUGAAGAUACACAACAAGACGGUGGAUCAUGUCUUAAUUGAGCCGACAGCUUCCUUAAAAGACAGGAAAUGUCCCAUUCACAACGAGGUGCUAAAGUAUUAUUGCUGUGAUGAUGCUGUCGCUAUAUGUACGUCCUGUUACUUGGCCAAAGAGCACAAAGGCCACGAGGUGGAACCUCUCAAUGAAACAUCUACCAAGAAGAAGGCAAAACUAAGGAAUGUUCUGGAGAAACUCACCUCCAAGAGAAAGGUGGCUGAGAGACAAACCGGACACCUGCAAGUACGCAAGAAUAAACUGCAAGAAAAAUCAGCUGGUUUAACCGAGAAAGUCGCAGCCAUGUUUAAGGACAUGAAGAAACAAAUUAAAAACCUAGAGAAGCAAAUUCUUAGUCAGAUUUCCAUCCAGGAAAAACAGUGUUCGCUACAAAUCUCCGAGCUCAUUCAGCAGCUUGAAAUAGAAUCGGAAGAACUGGCCAGAAAGAUCUCGCACAUUGACGAGCUAUGCAACAUGGAUGACCCAUUGACAGUCUUGCAAGGAUGGAAAUCUUACAUCUCUGAUUAUUGUGAUAUAGAAGGUAAUAAUGAAGACCAAGAGAUAGAUUGUGGAAAUAUCAGUGUAGCAGACGAGCUCGAUGAAGGUCAUCUCUCUGUUACUAUACACACAGCCUUAGAUGACUUUAUCACCAGGGUGAAGAGAAAAGGUUAUGUUGCAAAGUCGGACUUACUAAUCGAUGUAAAUACAUCAGUUGAAGACAUAGCUGUUUCAAGUGAUCGUAAAAGUGCCUCUCGGUCAAGAGUAAACCGCAGUAGUUUGCAGAAACGUGAGAGGUUUGAGUCUUGCCAGGUUUUGAGUAACUUGAGUGUUUCAUCGGGACAACACUACUGGGAAUUGGAGAUCAGUGAUACUGGCAUCUGGAGAAUUGGGGUGGCUUAUCCUAGUCUAAAUAAGGAAGGCGACCAAUACAGAAUUGGAGACGAUAACAAGUCCUGGUGUUUAUAUAUGUUUGAUAAGGAUUACUCAGUGAUACACAACGCUAAAGAAAAGUCACUACAACUUGAUUCCCACCCAGAUAGGUUAGGGAUAUAUCUGGAUUACGAGGCUGGACGGAUCUCCUUUUACCAGCUGUGCGAUUCAAUCAAACACUUGUACACCUUCACUGCCACCUUCACCGAGCCUCUUCAUUUAGUAUUCAGAGUUUACAUGGAUGGAUGGUUGCGAAUCAGGAAUUAAGCUGGGAUUCUAGGCACCGUGCGACAGAUGCAACACGAACACACAAACAAAUUAAAGGCCAAAUCACGUGGAUUUAGAGGUCAAUCAAAUCGCGCAGGGAAUUUUUAAACAACAUCACGACAGACGUUGAUUUGUAUCAAUUGCAU